AUGGCAAACACCAGUACCGAAAUGGUCAAGAUUGGGGUCUUUAUGCCGUCCGAGUGUCAGCUCCUCGACAUGGCCUGCGUAGACGUCCUGUUUAUGAUGUCGAGAGAGUACCUGGGCGGUCUGCCCAUGAUACCCAAACACAUCCCGAACUUGGCGCCAAGCGUGGAAAUCUACUACAUUUCUGCAAAGACCAGCCCCAGCUCUAGCUCUAGCUGUAGCUCGAACUCGACCCCGGAGGCAGCAGAACACCUUGUUCCUCCUCAGCUCCCCUUGACGGCGGGCGUCAAGAUCCGGCCGACGCACGACGUCUCCAGCCCGGAGGUCCAGCCGGGCAUGCUGGAUAUCCUGCUCGUCCCCGGACCGGAUCCGGCGGCGAGCUGGGAUGAGGAGACCUUGGCGUUUUUGAGGGGACAUGCUGAUGAGGAGGAGGGGGAGGGAGGAAAAGGAAAGAGGACGGACGUGCUGAGUGUCUGUACGGGCGCCUUCUUGUGUGGUGCCGCGGGGAUUUUGGAGGGGAGGAAGGUAUGCGGACCGAGGGGUCUGCAGGAUGUUUUGAAGAAGAGGUUUCCGGAUGCGAGGUUUGUGGGGGAUGAGUUUCGAUGGUGUCGGGAUGGUAAUCUUUGGAGCUGUGGUGGCAUCACGAAUGGGAACGACCUGGUGGCGGCGUACGCUCGGAGCAGCGAGAGGCGCCUCUUUCCGGGGCCGAUUGUCGAGAUUGCGUGUAAGAUGGCGGAGGUUGGUGAGAGGGGCCAGAUGUAUGAGCAGGGGCAGACGAGGUUUGCUUUGGGGUUUGUAUGGCAGCUUGUCAAGGCUUGGUUUGUGAAGUCGAGGUAG